CGAACGGGCUUCUUCACCACUUCCGCUUUCGCUUUUCGCUCGUUCCUUCGAUUGCUUGCGCUUUGAAGCUGCCGAUCGUGAAUAUGCAUCUGGUAGUGGAAAUUUAAGAGAGUCUCGAGCAUCGUUUGGCGCUUAAUUUGGCUUAAUUCUGCGGUGAGGUGAGGUGAGUCGGAGCAGGAAAGCGUUGCGAGAGUCCGAACAUUGGUGAUCUCUAAAGGAAGGUAUAGUACCCGGUAAACCUAAGGGUAUUCAAAAUGCAGCGGUGCGUUGUUAAACGCGUUGGUGCAGUAUAUGGACGCAGCCGAUCGGUUAUUGGAAAAGCAUCAUCUGAGUGCUUACAUCCUUCCUUUACGCAUCGAAGCAGCUCAACUCUGUUGUCAGAUCAUAGACCUCAAUCGUCUCUUUCAUUUGCAAGUUGCGAUGCUGAUAAACUAUCCGAAGCGCAUCAGUACCAGAUGCAUAACCUUGUGCAAGGAAAGUGGGAGCAGACUUCCAAAUCAAUUGAAUUGCUGGACCCUCUGAAUGGGGAAAAAUUCAUAUCUGUUCCCGAUACCUCUAUCGAUGAAAUAUCGCCAUUUGUACAAAGCUUACGGGCAUGCUCAAAGUCAGGUCUGCACAACCCGCUUAAGAAUCCCGAAAGAUACUUGCUUUACGGAGAUAUCAUGGCUAAGGCAGCUCACUUGCUGAAGCAACCUCAGGUCGAGACGUUCUUUGCCCGACUCAUCCAGCGGGUUGCACCAAAGAGCUUUGCCCAGGCGGUAGGGGAGGUCACUGUUACACAAAAAUUUCUCGAGAACUUUUCUGGUGAUCAGGUUCGCUUUCUGGCUCGGUCUUUCGUUGUUCCGGGGAACUACCAAGGACAGCAAAGCAAUGGCAUGCGAUGGCCUUACGGUCCGGUGGCAAUAAUUACCCCUUUCAACUUUCCCCUCGAAAUUCCAGCAUUGCAGGCUCUGGGUGCAUUGUUCAUGGGAAACAAACCGAUAUUAAAGGUUGACAGCAAGGUUAGUAUUGUAAUGGAACAAUUUAUUCGGCUACUGCACAAAUGCGGGAUGCCACCGACUGAUAUGGACUUCAUCAACUCAGAUGGUCCAGUCAUGAACAAACUUCUACUUGAGGCGGAGCCCAAAACGACUCUUUUCACAGGUAGCUCAAAAGUUGCCGAGAAAUUGGCAUUAGACUUGAAGGGUCGUGUCAAACUGGAAGAUGCGGGAUUUGAUUGGAAGAUACUCGGUCCUGACGUACAGAACGAGGACUAUGUUGCGUGGGUGUGUGACCAGGACGCUUACGCUUGCAGUGGACAAAAAUGCUCAGCACAAUCAAUACUAUUUAUGCAUGAGAACUGGGCAAAUCAAAAUUUUUUGGAGAGAUUAAAAAAGCUUGCAUCAAAACGGAAGCUGGAGGACCUUACUGUUGGCCCUGUUCUAACGGUGACGACAGAGCGGAUGUUAGAUCAUGUAAAGAAUCUAUUGGCUAUCCCAGGCGCUCGUGUUGAGUUUGGAGGAAAACCUUUGACAAAUCAUACCAUUCCUGAUGUGUACGGGGCCCUGGAGCCUACUGCAGUGUUUGUCCCAUUGAAGGAAAUUUUAAGGAAUGAGGAAAACUUUGCUCUUGCUACCACUGAAAUUUUUGGUCCAUUUCAAAUACUGACAGAAUACAAACAUGAAGACCUUCCGCUGGUUUUUGAGGCUUGUGAACGAAUGCAUGCACAUCUUACUGCUGCGGUUGUUUCUAACGAUGUUCAUUUCUUACAGGAAGUCUUGAGCAACACUGUUAACGGAACGACUUAUGCUGGCAUCCGAGCUCGGACAACUGGGGCACCCCAGAAUCAUUGGUUUGGGCCAGCUGGAGAUCCCCGUGGAGCGGGGAUUGGGACACCUGAAGCUAUAAAGCUUGUAUGGUCGUGUCAUCGUGAAAUUAUCCAAGAUGUUGGACCUAUUCCAAAUGGCUGGUCUACUCCUCAGUGCACGUAAGUAAUGAGCAAUGGAAAAGUAUUUAUUAUCAGGUGGUAUUCUUCGUGCAUCGAAAGGAUUUUGUAGGAGAAAAACUUGUUGGAAGCAAAUUUUGUAAGAAUCUCCGAUUCCAAGUUUUCUAACGAUGAGAAGACCUCAAAUUUACUGUGCUGUCCAUUCAAAUGAUCAGAAAUAAUCUCAUAUAACCUAUUUGUGCAA